GAACCUUUAAUCAAACAUGGAGAAGGCAAAACGUUGUUUGGAAAUCACCAUUAUUUCUGCGGAAGGUUUACGCCUCAAUGGACGAUCUGUAAAGAAGAAUACAUUCGUGAUCGUAAGAAUUGACUCAGAUAACCAGAGGUUGACAAGAAUGGAUAAAGAAGGAGGGAGCUACCCAUCAUGGAACGAAAAGCUAGAGCUACCGCUGCCGCUGCCGCCUUUAUCCAAUUCGGUUCAGUUGAUUACAGUGGAAGUGCAAUGCAAGACUUCUUUAGGAGUCAGAAGUGUUGGAACAUCAAAGAUUCCAACCUCAGAUUUCAUGGGAGAUUAUACGCCACCACAAUACUUGCAUUUCCUUAGUUACCGCUUGAGGGAUCGCAAUGGCGAACGUAACGGUAUCAUUAACUUCUCUGUCAGGACGAUCGGAUCACAAAGCAUUGCAGCAGCUUGGCCCGUUCUGCCGCCCACACCUUUAAUUUUCCCGGCCACCGGCAAUCAGAAGAUCAACGCUGUUGGUGGGAGUGGGAGUGGGAGUGGGAGUGCCCUUGGUGUUCCAGUUUCAGUGCCCUACAAAUACGGGAACAGGCACGGAUACAGGCAUGGAUACGGGCAUGGAUACGGGGUUUAA